AACAUUGAUAAAGGUUGCGUUUUCAAGCAUGCGUCAUCGGCUUGCCAUGGAGAAGGGCCUCCGCAGAUGAGGAAGAUGUUCAUCGGAGGCCUUAGCCAUGAGGCGAAUGAUGAUGCGUUGCGUGCCUAUUUUACGCAGUGGGGACCUGUGGUGGACGCCAUCGUCAUUCGGGACCCUACCACGAAACAAUCGCGUGGUUUCGGUUUUGUCACUUUUGCCACCAUAGCCAGCCUCGAAGCAGCUAUGAUAAAUCGACCACAUGUUAUUGCUGGAAAGACGGUAUUCCUAGUAAACCUUUUCUUCAUUGGUUGUAAGCUGUUUGAUCGAAAUUAUAUAGUAAUAUAG